AUGUCAAAGGGAGACGUUCGCACAAAAAAAUCGGAAUAUUUUGUCAAACUUAAGGCUUUAUUGGAAGAAUACCCUUCCAUAUUCAUUGUGAAUGUUGAUAAUGUUGGGUCCAACCAAAUGCAUCAAAUUCGUCACAUCCUUCGUGGGAAAGCUGUUGUAUUGAUGGGAAAGAAUACAAUGGUUAGAAGAGCUCUUAAGGGUCUUAUACCUGAUAAUCCUCAAUACGAAAGACUUUUACCACAUGUAAAAGGAAAUAUUGGGUUCGUCUUCACCAAUGGAGAUUUAAAAGAAACCCGUGAUGUGAUCUUAUCUAACAGAGUUAAAGCUCCUGCUAAGGCUGGUGCUAUUGCCCCUAUUGAUGUAUUUGUGCCGGCGGGUAAUACUGGUAUGGAACCGGGAAAGACCUCUUUCUUCCAGGCUCUUGGUGUUCCAACCAAAAUUGCUCGUGGUACAAUUGAAAUCAUUAAUAAUGUACAUUUGGUUAAAGUUGGAACAAAAGUUGGGGCUUCCGAAGCUACGUUGCUUAACAUGUUAAACAUCUCCCCGUUUACUUAUGGGAUGACUGUUACUCAAAUUUAUGAUAAUGGCAACACCUUUUCUCCUGGUGUCCUUGAUAUUGAAGAAUCAACUUUACUUGGUCAUUUAAUGGAAGGAAUUAGAAGGAUUGCCGCUCUUUCUUUGCAAAUUAAUUAUCCCACUUUGGCUUCGGUUCCUCAUUCUCUUAUCAAUGGAUUCAAGAACCUUUUAGCCAUUUCUGUUAGUACUGAUUAUACUUUCCCCGCUUCUGAAAAGAUUAAAGCGUAUCUUGAAGAUCCAAGUGCUUUUGCAGUUGCUGCACCAGUUGCCGCUGUCGCUGAAACUAGUCAAGCCGCACCGGCUAAAGAAGAAGAACCUGAAGAGGAAUCUGACGAUGAUAUGGGAUUGGAUCUUUUCGGUUAA